AUGGUUGAUAAAAUUGAAAAUAAUACGACCGUUGAGAAAACUCCUGAACAAAAACGGGAUCAUAAAAGAAGGAAAUUUCGUUUAAAACGAUUGGAUAAAGACAAACAAUAUACCUACAAAAUUGUAUCAAAUUCUGUAAGUGGAGUCGUAGGCGGUGAUGUUCUACUUCAAAACGUAAAAGCUGUUUUUUCUACCUAUUCUAAAAGUGAUGAAAAUCUUAAUGACUUAUUUUUAAAGAGUGUCCUUUUUCUCAUAGCUUUAGUCCUUUUAGACAUCUUACUUGAUAUUAAGAGUUCAUCUGAUGAAAAUAGAAUAUAUGGUUUUAUAAUAGACUCUGUUCUUAUUGCUGGUGGUAUAGUUUUUAUUCCGUUUGGUUGUUAUAAAUCGAUAAAUAAGGGGAAAAAUAAAUUUGAGCUGAAAAAAAAUAAUUUAAAUCCAGAAAAUGCGGAAUAUGAGGGGGGGAAGCAAAAAUAUGCGGAAAAUGAAGGUGAAGAAAGUGCGGAAAAUGAAGAUGAAAAAAAUUCAGAAAGUGAAGUUGAAGAAAAUGCGGAAAAAGUGAAGUCGAGACAACGAUCACAGCAAAAGGCUCAAGGCAAUUGUGUCAUAGAUACAUAUGACAAACUAUCUUCAGCCAGUGAACUAAGUGAAUCUGAAUGA